AUGCGUUUUUUUAAUAAUCUAUUAUUUGUUAAUUUCAUUAAUAAAGCAGUUUAUUCUUAUUUUAUUAAGUAUCCAACACCAAUGAAUAUUAAUUAUUUAUGGAAUUUUGGUUUUAUGUCUGCUCUUUUUUUAGUUAUUCAAAUAGUUAGUGGUUUAUUUUUAACUUUUUUUUUUACUCCGCACGUAGAUUUAGCUUUUUUAAGUGUGGAGCAUAUAAUGAGAGAUGUUAAUUACGGAUGGUUGGUUAGAUAUAUUCAUGCAAACGGAGCAUCGUUUUUUUUUUUCUUAGUAUACGUUCAUAUAUUAAAGGGUAUUUAUUAUGGUUCUUAUUAUUUCCCAAGAACAUUAGUGUGGUUUACUGGUUGUAUUAUUUAUAUAUUAAUGAUGGGUACUGCUUUCUUAGGGUAUGUUUUACCUUGGGGACAAAUGAGUUAUUGGGCUGCUACUGUCAUUACUAAUUUUGUUACAGUAAUUCCAGUAGUAGGUAAAGAUAUUGUUUAUUGGAUAUGGGGAGGAUAUUCCAUAAAUAAUGCAACAUUAAAUAGAUUUUUUAGUUUACAUUAUUUAUUGCCUUUUGUAAUCUUACUAUUGUCUAUUUAUCAUAUUUAUCAAUUACAUAAAUCUGGUAGUAGUAAUGAGUUAGGAAUAAGAUCACACUAUUUAAAUAAAAUUUCAUUUUAUCCAUAUUUUUUAGUGAAAGAUUUAUUUGGUUUAUUUUUAAUUUUAUUUUUAUUUAGCAUAUUUGUAUUUUUCUUUCCUGAAGCAUUCAAUCAUUCGGAUAACUAUAUAAAAGCCAAUCCUUUAGUAACACCUGCUCAUAUUGUUCCGGAAUGGUAUUUUUUACCGUUAUAUGGAAUUUUAAGAUCUAUUUUAAAUAAAGCAUAUGGUAUUAUUAUAAUGUUUGUAUCUUUACUUGUUUUAUUUAUACUACCUUUUAUUGAUAAAAGUUUUAUAAAAAAUAAAACAUUUAAACCAUUUAAUAGAACUCUAUUUUGGUUUUUUGCAUUUAAUUUUUUAUUUUUAGGUUAUUUAGGUAGUCAAACUCCAGUUUUUCCAUAUAUCGAAUUAGGAUUAAUUUGUGCGCAUUUUCAUUUAUUAUAUUUUUUCUUAUUGAUUCCAUUAUCUGUAUUAUUUGAAAUGUCCUUCUUUGGCUCUUCGACUAGAACAUCUGUUAGUAGUUCUAAUUAUAUUUUUACAAUUGUUUUAUUUUUUGUUUUUUUAUUUAUCGGAAUGGUUAUGGGUUUUUUCAUCUUAUAUAUAGUAAAAUAUGAUGAUUUUAUUCUUUAUUCUCUAGUGAAAGCUACUAUUGAAUUAGGAAGUUACGAUCCUUAUUAUAGUAUUUAUAAAGUAAAAACAGGAUUGUCUAGUGAUAUUAUUAGACACUUUGACGUAGUGACUAUUAAGGUUAGCCUAAUAGAUUUAUUAUCGUAUCUUUUUUUUAAUAAAUAUUAG